AUGUGUGUGAGUGUUGGCUGCCUCACAGUGUCUCGAUGCAUCCUGGAAUGUGAGAAGCCUGUGACCCUGACACGCCCUGACAGUUGCAGUGGGGAGCAAGGAACCUCAGUGCCCUGCCUACCCCAGGUCACAGAACCCACCCAUCAGGAUUCAGAACGGUCAACCCCGUUCAUGGGUGGGUGUCGUCACCCACUGUGGGUGAGGCCCCCAGAGCAGAAGCGCGAAGCCUUCCUCUACCUCUGCUGGGUGGGGUGCCUCUUGCCUCUGCUUACUUGUUUGGAGAAUGGAGACAUGCCUCCCUUUAACCAUUCAUUCAUUUAG